UGGGUUAAAGAAAAUAGCCAAACAGGAGAUGACGCUGUCAUGGUGACACGCGCUGGACAUUUUCCUUUAUAUACUUCAUUUUGUUCAGUUAAUUUUAUUCCUUUGGUGGAAUGGGGUUGAAUCCAUGUGCACCAACACUUCGCUAAAAUAAGAAGUACCUAGUACCAUGGCAUGUUUUAAGUACAACAAACAUGGAACGCUAUUCGGCGACUCCUCGCGAUUUUUGGUCUUUGGAUUCUGCCUCAACAUCAUUUCCCUGUCACUGAAUCUCGUAGGCUUUGCUACACCUUUCUGGGUCAAAGUCACUUCACCAACCUUAACGACGUAUACUUUUGGAUUGUGGCGGUUGUGUAAAAAGUCUCCAGUCCUUACUGUUUGUGAAAGUAUCCAGAAUGAAAAAGAAUGGUUUAGGUGGAUCCAGGUAACAGCGUCCGUUGGUUUUGGAUCUCUCCUUUUGGUCUCUGUGAUACUGGGUUUCUAUAUUUUUAUGAUGGAAAAAAGAAACUGGAUAGUCCUCGUCAGCUGUGUAUAUUUAACCGUUAGUGCCGCUGUGUUAAUUUUCAUCCCCAUUGUGGCAUUCGGUGCUACUAAGAUGGAGGACAUGCUAAACAUUGGAGACACAUCUCUGUCGGAACAUGUCCACUUCUCGUACGUGUUUUCCGUCAUCAGUAUGGUCACGUGUUGUGUGACCGCCAUGUCGCUUGUGUUUGACAUUAAAUGCAAUUAAACAUAUACCUCUGGAAAUUUCUUUUCAUUGAUGUGAUUGGUGUGUGUAUGCGAUUAAAAUGAAGCACGUCAUGCCUUAACCAAUACCCCACUCAGCAGCCCAAUAUUUAAAGAAUCAUGAACCGGUCGUGGUAACUCAGUGGUUACUGCAGGAGCGGUCCAGGAUUUUAAUUGGGCGCGCCAGCCGUUCAGACGGGGGUUAUAGUGGCGCCAGGUAAUCAGACAGGGGGUGUCUGGUGGCGU